AACUAAGAUCAAUUUUCCAAACGCUUUUGCAAGGAAGCAAAGGACCCAACCCAACCCAAUCCAGCAAAACCCAAUCCAAGCCCAUCCACGGCGCCUUGUUUCAUCCCCGCCCGGUCUCGGCUGCCCUCCGCGCCGCCGCGCCAUGCGUGUCGCCGCGGCGGCGGCGGGGGCCCUCCGCCCCACGGCCGCCACCCUCCUCCUCUUCUCCCCGCCGCACCAGCACCGACGCCUCCUAUCGCUCCACCGCCGCGCCACCCAGCACCUCCCCUUCGCCCGCCGGCGCCGCGACUCUUACUCCUCCACCGCCACGGCCGCCGCCCCGAUCCCGAAGCAGGAGGACGCCGGCGGUGCCGGAGGCGAAGCGGAAGGAAAGGCCGCUCGCCGCCGCCGCGCCCGCGAUUCCCCCGAGGGUAACCUCCGCCACCAGCUCGACAUGUGCUCCCGCAACGCCGACCUCACCACCGCCCUCCGCCUCUACGACGCCGCCCUCUCCCCGGACUCCCCCGUCCCGCUCUCCCUCCACCACUACAACUGCCUGCUCUACCUAUGCUCCAACGCCGCCGCCUCCGACCCCGACAGCUCCGCCGACGCCGCCCAGCGCGGCUUCGACAUCUUCGCCAGGAUGGAGGCCGAGGGCGUCCAGCCCAACGAAGCCACCCUCACCAGCGUCGCGCGCCUCGCCGCCGCCACGCGCGACCCGGCCAUGGCCUUCUCCGUCGUCCGCCGCAUGGCCACUGCGGGCAUCCCGCCGCGCCUCCGCUCCUACGGCCCGGCCCUCUUCGCAUACUGCGAAGCCAAAGACGCCGACGGGGCCCAGCAGGUCGAGGCCCACAUGGACGCCUCUGGCGUCGUGCCUGAGGAGCCCGAGCUCGCCGCGCUGCUCCGCGUCAAUGCGGACAAGGGCAGGGCCGAUGAGGUGUACAGGCUCCUGCACAGGACGCGCGCCCUCGUCAGGCAGGUCUGCGACACGACCGCCCAGGUCGUCGAGGCCUGGUUCCGGUCCGACGCGGCGUCGGAAGCGGGGGUGGACAAGUGGGAUCCCAGGAAGGUCAAGGAGGGCGUCAUCAAGGGCGGCGGCGGCUGGCAUGGCCAGGGAUGGCUUGGCAAGGGGCCAUGGAGCGUUGACUGGAGCGAGAUGGACAAGAACGGAACAUGCCAACGCUGCGGGGAGAGGCUUGUCUGCAUAGACAUUGAUCCAUCGGAGACUGAGAACUUUGCGAAUUCCCUCACCGAACUGGCCAUCAAGCGUGAGGCCAAGGAUGAUUUCCUCAGCUUUCAGAGCUGGCUACGUCGCCAUGGACUAUUUGAUGCUGUUAUAGAUGCUGCUAAUGUAGGCCUUUACAAUAGUAAAACUUUCAGUUUUUCUCAGGUGAACUCUGUUGUAAAUGCUAUACAGAGAGUAACUAAAUCAAAGAAGUUGCCACUGAUCAUUUUGCACAUGCACCGUGUAAAUGGUGGUAAUGCAAAAGCUCCAUACAACCAGAAGAUUCUAGAGAGUUGGAGGAAAGCUGGAGCUUUGUAUGCUACCCCUCCUGGUUCCAAUGAUGAUUGGUAUUGGCUGUAUGCGGCUGUCAGUUGCCGAUCGUUGCUUGUUACAAAUGAUGAGAUGCGAGACCACUUGUUUCAACUACUUGGCACUAGUUUCUUUCCCAGGUGGAAAGAGAAACAUCAGGUCAGACUAACUUUCUCGAAGCGUGGCCCUACUCUUCAUUUGCCGCCUCCUUAUUCAAUUGUUAUUCAGGAAUCUGAAGAUGGAAGCUGGCAUGUACCAACGACAGCUGGUGAUGAUAUUGAAAAGCCGCGGCAGUGGAUUUGCUCUACAAGAAAAUCUUCCAAGUAGAUGGGACAUGGAUUUCAUUAUAACUGGUUGCACAUAUGCUGAAGUAGCCAAAUACUGAUAUUCUGGUGUCAAUAUUGCCUUGGUACUUAUUGAGCUCUGAACAGAAGAAAUAGAUGCACUACCCAAAUGGUGGACUACUUUGCCUGGCUGCGGAUGAGGUUCAAGAACGCGGAGAAUUGGGCUUGAGUCGGUUUAUCUUUGGGAGAUCAGAAAGUUUUGAUCAUUUAUGCGCUUAGAUGCCUUAGUUUCUUGUUAGGUGGGAAUCUCGUCAACAUCAUUCAUAUUAGUCUUGAUGGAUUUCCAGCCAUGUGCAGAAGCUGUUUGCAACUUUUUGUUAUGAAGUUAGAAGAAUUCACAAGUUUAUAGUGAUGGGGGACAGGCUUAUCUGUUAGUGUACUUGGGGCUGGUACGGUUUAGUGAAUUUUGGAUAGGACCCCUACCAGAAUAGUUACAUUCUAUUUUCUACUCUUUCUUUAGUUUGUGCAUGUGACAUUUCAGUUCUGGCUAACUGUUCCCCAUGUGACAUUACAGCACUGCAUGCAUGCAUGGAGGAUUCAGGCAAAGAUUAGCCACUGCUCAAUCA